CUUGCAAGCCAUUGUGGGAGCCUGGGGAAAUCUGGCGCUUAUGCCAGGGCUCUUGAAAAGCCAAGACAAAGUCCUUCGAAUUAUGGUACGAUGGUAUAUCACCCGAUGGAUUUGAGAGCUUUUCGGCCAAGUUCCAUAUCGCCAAGUUCUUGGGUAGACACAAGACGGUUGUUGAAGACGCGGUUCUGAAUGGCUCGCAAGAAAGAGGCUCGGCUUACUGCUUCUGAGGAUGAGCCGCAAUGCCAGAAUGGUGCUCCGAUAUUUGUUGAGAUGAUCGCCGAAGCCCGAGCGUACCCAUCUGCCGUGUAUCAAGGCAUUCGCAAACUCCCCGGCCGAUGUUCAUGUCCGUGCCUGAAGACCCUGCCAAUUCCUGCUCAAAGACCUCCGGCGCCCGGUCCCCAGGUUUUUGGUCACUUUGGCCGCCGUUCCCGCGACAAAGAAGACCGAGCAUCACCAUCUUUAUGCCGAAGCGUCAGCGUCUCCGCGUCCGGCGUCUCUUUUGAGCUGCGAGAGGCAGUGAUCGACGGCUAUGUUCUUUACCGUCUAUUUUACGGCCUUCCUCGAAUGGAUCCAUUAUGUGUAUCCACCAUCGGUGACGGCACUGGAAAGGUCCCUGAAAGCCUUACAAGAGCCUCACCAUCACCAGGUGACACUAAGCCAGGCUUCAAACAAGGCUCCGACAUUGCAAACCCCAGACAGCCCUGA